AUGUCCGUCACGGAAAGACCGGCCGAUUUCCACGUGCACAGGCCGGCCGGCCCGCACACACACCUCGAGCCGUUCGCCGCGUUCGAGCGGCAGAAAGGCCCGGGCACCUCCGCGCUCGUCGUGUUGAACACGCCGCUCCACCGCGUCGAUGUCCGCGCCCUCUGGGCCCACUCGCCCGUGCACGUGUGCGCGGACGGCGGCGCCAACAGGCUCUACGAGUACUUUGCCGACGCCGCGGAGCGCGCCCGCUUCGUGCCCACGUACAUCACGGGCGACUGCGACUCGCUCCGCCCCGACGUCCGGGCGUACUACGAAAGCAGGGGCUGCACGGUGAUCCCCCAGUACGGGCAGUACGCGUCGGACUUCAUGAAGGCCAUCAAGGUGGUGCUUUUGCACGGCUGCGCGGCCGGGCGGGCGGCGCUCCAGCUCCCGGUCGAGCCGGACGCGGGUCUCGACGGGCUUGUGGAGCGCCUCGUGGAGCGCCCCGUGGGCGCCGACGGCGCGCCGCGCACCACCGCCGUCCACGUGGCGGGCGGCGUCGGCGGCCGCCUCGACCAGACGUUCCAGCUGAUCAACCAGAUGUACGCCGUGCAAGCGGCGCACGCGUGGGUGCACGUGGUGUUCUUCACGCCGCAGGACGUGGUGUUCUUGGCGCCGCGCGGCGUGACCUACGUGACGUACUCGGCGCGGGCCGUGUUCAACGCCAGGGACAGGGUGCCCCGGUGCGGGCUAUUGCCCUUUGGGCGGAGGACCGUGCUCAGCAGCCGGGGGCUUCUCUACGACGUGGCGGGCUGGCCGUCGGAGAUUGGCGGCGCGGUGUCGUCCAGCAACGGCGUGUGCGGCACCGACGGCUUUGUGGUGGAGAGCUCGGAGGACGUGGUGGUCAGCGUGGAGGUGAGCCGGGCCUUGCCGCGGCCGCCGAGCCCCGUGGGCCUGGGCUCUCGAUGA